CAUGGCGGGGCAGGUGUCUUGCUGCCCCAACAGUCACGCCACCUGCUGCUCACAGGGUGGCAAGUGCCGGGUCUGCGGUGAGCCGCUGCUACCGCCCUCCACCUACACACUGAACCUGCAACAGCUGGCAGCUGCAGAGCCUGUGGUGCAGUGCGCCCAGCCCGGCUGUCCCGAGCGCGCGCCGUUUCCACAGAUGGCCGCGCACGAGCGCAUCUGCGCGCACCGCCCGAUGCGCUGCCUCGUCGAGCCGGACACCUGUUCGUGGCACGGGCGGCGCGCCGACCUGGAGGCCCACACCCAGGCCCAACACCCGAACCACUUCGUGCGCUUCCCCAGCACAGCAGGCGCCAGCGUCUCGUGGCGCAUCUCCAAGCAGGGCUGCUGUGUCGAUCUGACGCGCCACCUCGUCAUGGCACUGGGCGAGACAUUCGUCUACCAGAAGGAAUUCUGCUACCCGGAGCGCCAGCUGUACAUUGCAGUGCAGUUGGUGGGCCCACCCGAACGCAGCACGCGCUUCCGGUACAAGUUCGAGCUUACCCGCAAUGAGGUGGCCCACUCUGUGACUUUCGAGCGCGCCGUCCAUUCGGAGGACGAGGACUUAAAGCGGGCUGCUGGCCUUGGAGACUGCAUCAAGGUCCCCUACGACACCAUCACUCAGUUCUGUCAUGGCGAGAGGGUGGUUAUGCUGUGCAAAGCCAAAUACCCAUAUAAACAUGAACUGCCUAUUACACAUUUGUAGUUCAACUUCCAGUGAUAAUCACUCAACUGAUUCAAAACAUUUUCAUCAUGUAAUUAUUAGAGGCAACCUCUUGUCAUUAAUGUACAGCCUGACACCAAAUCUACCCCUAUUAAUGUGCUAAAACUCACUGAGACUCUAAAUUCUAAGAAAAGUGUUCACAUAACCAACAAUACUCUUUGAAAUCAAUACACACACUGAGACAAUUACGUCACACUUUUCUGUGUAUCAUUCAUUUGGCUAAUUUCUGCAUUUAUUCAGAGCAAUAUGGCACAGUGGUAAGGCACUGAAAUUUUACUAAGGUCAGUGCCUAAAAUCCCUCUCUGCCCAUCCAGAAUUAGGUCUCCUGUGAUUUUCCCAGUUCACUUUAGUCAAAUCCCAGAAUGGCUUCUUUGAGACAGACACAGCCAUUUUCUUCCCCCAUUCCUCCUGACUCCAACUCCACCACUAUUGACCUUGGCAUCAAUGAGAGGUUAAACCCUCAUGCCUUCCUCCAUUUUUAUGAUGUUUAGAAUGUGUAUAUAAUUCCAAGUGAGCAUUGAAAUUAUUUUGUGGUGGAGUAAUUUUGAAACUGGUCAACUCAGCCUGUCAAGAGUAACCUAGAAGCUUUGAACACUUCAAAAUGUGUUGGUCUGAAAAUGUUUUGAUAUCUUGCAUCAUCCCACUGUUGUGGGAGAUAGUAUUAAUGAUGUUAAUGUACAUACUGACACAUGAUAAGUCAACUGUCAAAAUACUGAGAGACUCGCAAUAGUUAAUAUUUAAAGAGUUUGUGCAUAUGACAUGAGGUGAAGAGAGGGAGAUCUAUGAACCUUUAAGUCACUAGUGCCCUGACGAAUCUCUCUCUAUGAUUCUGAAGGCAUCUCUGAAUUUUCUAUUCGGAAUGCCCAUUGUUCUAUGGAAAACAAUACUUUGUUAUGUUUGUGACAGUGAUUGUUGUUACACCAACAGUAUUCGUUUACAAAAAGUAUAUUUUUGAGUGAGAAAAGAUACGCAUUUGGGUCAGCAAAGGAAAUUAUUCUCUCAUUCCAUAGUGUGUCAUUACAGUGACACAUCAUGAUGACUGAAAGAAAUAGAAUCUCCAUAUCCUUGCAAAUAAAAUUCGGCUCAGUAGAAAAAACUGGAAUGAACAUGUAAUAUAAAUUACUGCAGACAAAGAAACUGGUGCUUUUGUCCUAUAGGGCAUCAGCUUGUCUAUUUGUUUUUUCAUCAUUAUUCAUCAUUAGAAAGCACCACUGAAUGCACAACAGCUUUAAAACAGUAAAUGCAUGUUAUUUCCUCUCCAAGUAGUAGCUCACUUUUCCUGAUGAAGCUGUGUGGACUUUACUCUGGAUUCCUACUAGUGUACAUGCCUCACACCCUCGUGGUUCAUGUGAGAGAUAACACAGGUGCUUGCUAAACUACAGAAAUAGACUGUGUAUUGUAUUACCAUGUGUUUACGUGUGACACUUCCCAUUGUCUGCAUUUAAUCACAAUUGGCAAUAUUUAUUUUUCCUUAACUAACUAUGUACACCAUCCAUUGUCAUUCUUCAUUUGCACUGUACAGUAAUUCUCUAACUGUACUUUUUGAUUUCGUUAGAGUAGUAAGAUAUGAGGUAGGGAGUACUUUGGUAAAUACAGCAGCUCUCAAGUGAAGCUAAAUGCUGUUUCAUAAGAUGCAGUAUUGUUAAGUGAGGUAAGUGAUUUCUUACCAUAACUUUUCCAAGAUGGUUAUUAUGGUAAUGUAUGUCUCUUAGCAAACUUCAGUUUUGAUUGUCUUACAUACCAAUGUCCAAAAAUUCCACUUUUUUUACAAGAAAUGUCUUGUUUAAAAGUCUUUUCUGGC